GACUGAUGUUCUGUUUUUUGCACAAUUGAUGUUCAGGUUAUAGUGAUAAUUAUCAUAAAACUAAUAACUAUAUGAUUUACACUAAAAUUAUUUUUAAAAUGAUUUAAUUUAGUUUUGGAAAAUAAUAUUUCAUGUUAUGUAGUUAAUUUAGUUUGUGAUAUAUAAAAUAAAAACCUCAAUCAUGUUUACAAAACUAAGAUAUUCAUAAUAUCAUUAUAACAAAUAAAAUUUUACUGGAUUCUUUUUAACCAUUUUUAACAUUUUUCUUGGUGAUAAAUAUACAGACAAAGAAGAUGAAAUUGCUUUUGCAUGAAAAUAUUUUAGUACUUAUCAUUUUGGUUUUUAUAAAGAAUACAUAUCCCUGUUCUUUUUAUUAUCUUUUAUAUCAUUUUUGGUUUUCUAAGUAGCGUAUAGUUUGGUUUGGUUUCAAUAGUUUGGCGGUAUAUUUUUAAUAUAACUUAACCGGGAUAUACACUCCUCAUAAAAACCAAAUACGAUAGAAAAGGUAAGAGAAAAUAUAUAUUCAUGCAUUGUGUCAUUUAGAUGAUACAAGUUUGACCAUAUAAUUUUUUUUGCCAAAAUUGGAAUGACUAUGGGUAGCCGACAAAAAAAAAAGAUUAGUUUCUAUUAUAUAAAAACUCCAUUGUAUUCUUCAUAUGCAUCACAUCCAUUCUUCUUGUGUCGUCUUCUUUUCAGGCUAGCUUUCCCUCUCCGAAGAAAACAGUUUAUCAUUUCCAUCUUUUAUACGCUGUUUCGGUGUAUGUUUGUUGACAUCUCCAUAAAAAAAAGAUGAGUGAUUAUGGUGAUGGAAACUUCAUGGACAUGGUGUCGUCGCGUUGGGCUCCACCUCUUAGUACUAGCCUAAGUGACAAUGGUCUAAAUCCAAUCAGCGACAUCUUCCUUCAAACUAAUCAGUCUAAACAAAGACCCGGUCUGGUCGACAGAGUAGCUGCAAGAAUAGGACGUAAUAUUCCACCGAUCAGGACAGACAACUUGAGUCCAUGUGCUGUAGUAUUCAAGGACCCAAAAACUGUUCCUUUUGGCAUCGAAAUCUCUCCAGGAUUGAGCCCAUCCGUAAUGUUGCAGUCUCGUUCACAGCUUAUCAAUCCGUAUUCAUUCCCCAAUGACGAGCCUCCAGAGACGGUGGAAAAUUCUGGUGACGACCAUGCAAAGACGAUGAUAUUCAACAAGGAUGUUCCUUAUCAGCCGAUGCACUUUGAUCUGCCUCCUCAAGAAGCUUUGAUCCCAUCUCAUGUUGAUCCCAUUGGUGCUCCUUUAGUCGCUUCUUUUGAAUCUGAAGUAGCUGAUGACACUGAUACCAAGCUCAUGUCCCUGGAUGAUGAGAGCGAGAGCCAGGACGAGGAAGAAUCCAACGAAGAUGAAGAUACAGAUGAUCCAUCCAAAUUGGGGAGAAAGAGACGGAUAGAUGAAGAGGAAGAUGAUGACAUUGCUGAUGAACACGAAGUCAAACCUUCAUCUCCAAAGAGAAGGAAAUAUGAUGAGGUAUCAAACAUGAUGACAGCCCUAAGAGCAAGCAACAACCCAAGGGUCAGACUUCGUAUGGAGACUGAAGAAGCCCAACCUAACGAUGGUCAUCGCUGGAGAAAAUACGGUCAGAAAAUUGUCAAAGGGAAUCCAAAUCCGAGGAGUUACUACAAAUGCUCACACAAAGGGUGCAUUAUGAAGAAGCAUGUGGAGAGAGCAGCAGACGAUUUGAGAAUGUUGUUAGUCACAUAUUAUGGGAAACACGGGCACGCUGCACCACUUGCACGCAGUAGCAGCAGUUCUGGUCCAAAGAAUCUUUACCGUUCAUCAGUGCCCGCUCGUUUAGGAAGGCCGCCUUUUUCUUCCUCCUCGGCCGCUCAAGACAUGAGGUCUUUCCCUUAUCCUUCUGCUUCGGCCCCUCGAGACAUGAAGCGUUUCGGUUAUCCUUCUGCUUUGGCCCCUCAAGCCAUGAGGCCCUUCCCUUCUUCGUUGAACCCAGGAGUUGAUAUGACUCAUCUCUAUAAGACUGGACUCUCGAAGCUGCCGAGUUUACCGGUUAACCAGAAUCAUGGGUUUAUGGACCAGAAUGCUGAACCAUGGGUUAACCAGAAUCAUGGGUUUAUGGGUCAGAAUGCUGAACCACAGGUUAAUCAGAAUCAUGGGUUUAUGGCCCAGAAUGCUGAACCAUGGGUUAACCAGAAUCAUGGGUUUAUGGGUCAGAAUGCUGAACCACGGGUUAACCAGAAUCAUGGGUUUAUGAGCCAGAAUGCUGAACCACAGGUUAACCAGAACCAUGGGUUUAUGGGCCAGAAUGCUGAACCAUGGGUUAACCAGAACCAUGGGUUUAUGGGUCAGAAUGCUGAACCACGGGUUAACCAGAAUCAUGGGUUUAUGGGCGAGAAUGUUGAACCACAAGUUAACCAGAACCAUGGGUUUAUGGGCCAGAAUGUUGAACCACAAGUUAACCAAAACCAUGGGUUUAUGGGUCAAAAUGAUGAACCAUGGCUCAACCAGAACCAUGGAUUUAUGGGUCAGAAUGAUGAACCAUGGCUUAACCAGAACCAUGGGCUUAUGGAUCAGAAUGAUGAACCAUGGGUUAACCAGAACCAUGGGUUUAUAGGUCAGAAUGAUGAACCAUGGCUUAACCAGAACUAUGGGUUUAUGGGACAGAAUGAUGAACCGAAGACUGAUCAUGUGAUACCGGAUGGUACAGAGGUCUACAAGGGGCUCAGGGAGCGUAUGUUGGCUAACUUGGGAGUUAAACGUUAGAUUGUUAACCUUUAACAAACCAGAGAAAAAACUUUAUAUGUAGACCUUUCUUUUACUCCUUUUUCAGCAUUGACAAAACAAUAAUAUGCAAGAUAUGCAAAAACUUGUACUGAUCAGCUUAAUUAUUAUUUGUAAUGCAUAUUACUCUUUGAGUUUAUUUAUUUAAUUUAUAAUCCAGAUAAACCAUAUGAAUCAAACCGUGGAUCCUUACUCUCGGAUUAAACCCCUAGACAUUGUUUGCAAACUGAUUUUACUUGCACUCUCAUAGUUAAAUGUAACAUGUACAAUUACAUUUAAUGAUGAUUUAUAUUUUUGGUAAACUUUUAGAGCAUGAUAGUAAAUUAUAUAUCAUCAUUAAUGUAAAUUUAUUCAAAUUUGAUAUUAAAUAAUAUAAUAAUUGAAAUAUAAUCAUAUUUUACAAAUUUCAAAACGUCAUUUAAUUCUAUUUUAAUAACUAUACAAU